AUGAAACCAACUACACCUAAGCCUCGGACAGGAUUACAUGGAUUCAAGACUUGUUUUUGGAUUGCGACACGGAAUCUGAAAAGUUUGUAUAAAACAGGUGCAAGUCAAAAUUUAGUCGAUGUCCUUAACACCUACAACAUUAAAGUAGCGGCCAUACAAGAAAUAAGAUGGUUGGGAGUAGGACAACUAACGAUAGGAGAGUACGCAAUUUUCUUCUCAGGAAUGGAGAACACGCAUCACUUCGGUAGCGGUUUUGCAGUUCAUAGGAUAUUUGAAUCGUGCAUUAAAAAAUUUAAUCCAGUAUCCGAACGGCUAUCGACAUUAACCAUCAACACUAGCCCAAUUAAUAUUUGUUUAAUAAAUGGUCAUGCACCAACAGAAGUAAAAGAUGACAAUGCGAAAGACAUCUUCUACGACGAACUGACUAAAACAUAUGAGAGUAUCACUGGGAACGUGAUAAAGAUUGUAUUAGGUGACUUCAAUACAAAAUGUGGACGGGAACCACAGUACUUCCCUUGUAUAGGGAAGGAAAGUUUGCAUAGUAACAGCAACGACAAUGGUCAACGAUUGAUAGCGUUUGCAAUAUCAAAUGGGUUGACUGUUAGUAGUACCACGUUCCCACAUAAAAAUAUUCAUAAAGUCACGUGGAGAUCACCGGAUGCCAAAACCCUGAACCAAAUAGAUCACGUCCUCAUACAAACUAGAUAUCGUAGUACCAUUCACGACGUAAGAAGUCAUAGAGGCGCCGAUUGUGACACGGAUCACUACUUGGUGAUCGCCAAACUUAGAUCAAAGCUAAAAAGCCAAUCGAGAUUAAAACAAGGCAAAAGAGCUAAAUUGAACCUAGAGUUACUUAAAGAUGAAACCGUCAGAAAAAACUAUGAGAACGAAAUCAUGAAGAAUAUUAAAGAGAAUAAUGUACUAAUGGACGUAGACCUGGANAGGGAAGGAAAGUUUGCAUAGUAACAGCAACGACAAUGGUCAACGAUUGAUAGCGUUUGCAAUAUCAAAUGGGUUGACUGUUAGUAGUACCACGUUCCCACAUAAAAAUAUUCAUAAAGUCACGUGGAGAUCACCGGAUGCCAAAACCCUGAACCAAAUAGAUCACGUCCUCAUACAAACUAGAUAUCGUAGUACCAUUCACGACGUAAGAAGUCAUAGAGGCGCCGAUUGUGACACGGAUCACUACUUGGUGAUCGCCAAACUUAGAUCAAAGCUAAAAAGCCAAUCGAGAUUAAAACAAGGCAAAAGAGCUAAAUUGAACCUAGAGUUACUUAAAGAUGAAAACGUCAGAAAAAACUAUGAAAACGAAGUCAUGAAGAAUCUUAAAGAGAAUAAUGUACAAAUGGACGUAGACCUGGAUUGGGAAAAAGUGAGUAAUGCUGUCAAAAAAGCAGCGGCCACUAGCAUUGGUGAGCUAAAGAGGUCAAAAAAUACAUUGUAUAAUGAUGUAUGUAGAAUUGCUGUAGACAAACGCCGUAAAGCGAGAGAUGACUUUAUUAAGCACAACUCUCAAAUAACUAAAGAAGUUUUCAUCCGAGAACGUAAAAUCUGCAAAGACACCCUUCAAAGGGAAAAAAGAAAAUUCUUUAGCAACAUACUUCAAAUCGCAGAGAAGGACCAUACACAAGGGAGAACUAGAAGUUUUUUUAGAGUCGUUAAACAGUAUAAGCAAUUCAACCCUAUAUGGAUUGCAAUCAGAGACCAAGACGGACAAAUGUUAAUGGAGCCAGAGUCAAGAGCUGAGAGGUGA